AUGAAUUAUCUUCAUCAUCCCUACGCGUAUGCUGGUCAUGCUGCGGUCCCCAUGGAACAGCCCAUUGGCUAUGAUCCGACAAUGGCACACCCGUCCAUGAUGCACCCAAUGGACGGCUACAUCUAUCCGCACCCACCUUUUGACAUGAUCGACUUCUACCAUCAGCCCAUUAUGGACUACGAAGAAUAUGCAGAGAACUUGUCUCGUCCACGGUUGACUAAGGAACAAGUCGAGACCCUAGAGGCCCAGUUCCAGGCUCAUCCGAAACCCAGCAGCAAUGUUAAGCGUCAAUUGGCCGCUCAAACGAACCUUAGCCUUCCUCGGGUUGCUAACUGGUUCCAAAAUAGACGCGCAAAGGCCAAGCAGCAGAAGCGACAGGAAGAGUUCGAAAGGAUGCAGAAGGCGAAGACAGAGGCUGAGGAGGCUGCACGGAUCAAGACAGAAAAUGCCGAAAAGUCCGAAUCGAACCUAGACGUCAAAGAAGAGACAGACAAGGAUACCCCGAAGCAAUCAUCUGAUCAGACUAUGUCUGAUGGCCGUACCAAGACACCUGCUUCCAACUCGCGAUCGAAGCAUCAAAAAACAAAGAGCGAGUCGGCUCGGGAAGCUACCUUUGCUUCCUUGCAACGGGCGUUGAAUGCCGCUGUUGCUGCUCGAGAACAUUAUAGUCCUGAUGAACAGGGCCAACCCGCUACCAUACAUGAGGGCUCGGUGUCUCCGACGACAACCUACUCCGGCAUUAACAACCACGGUGAUAGCCGAGCUGCUCAGAGCAGUUCCACAACCCCGUUCUCCGAGUGGGAAAACACAAAGGAGACUGCAAUGUCGUGGACCGCAUCUCAGAGCCCUCAAGAACAUCUUGGCUACUCUGCCGCCGAGUCGCUGACUGUCCCGGAAUUAGACGCCUCUCAUCAAAAUGCACAGCACAAUGACACCCUGCAGUUCCACUCUUCACAGAACGAGGAGUGGUCCAGCCAGGUGCAAGGGACAAAAUCCUUCCCUAGCUAUCAUUCACCCAGUGAUGCAGAAACUUAUAGUGCAGCUCAAUAUACCAUGCACCCAGAGAGCUCAUUGUCAAGGCGAGGAUCAUCUGAUGAUCUCGCUGACUCCCUCGAAGGCAUCGGGAUUCAUGCGGCGGGACUUCCAAUCAGAACAGAGCGGUCUUCAUGGAAAGAAGCUGGCAAGGAACUUGAUCUUGCAGCACGGAGAAAGCGGCCAAGGCCUGCUGCUAUCGGUACUUCGAGGUCGUCGUCCAUGUUGACAGGAUCGUCAUCCAUGUCACCGACCACAAGACUCCCAAGCUAUGGUUCUGCACCUGGUGUGAGACAGUCGAAAUCAGCGCAAUGUCUCAACUCACGUUACGCAGGUGUUCGGAAAGCCUCUGCAGCUCAGCGUUCACCUCUCAACCUGUCUUCAUUUGCCGAAGCCGGGGCCUUAAGUACCUCCAAGCCAGAGAUGUCAUCGAUGCUGUCGCCCGCCGUCACCACGGGCGGGCUGGCUCCACCAACACCCCUGACACCGGAUGACCUGCAUCACUUCCUUCCAAAUACCCCUAGUGAUGGCGGUUACUGUCUGUCUGCCCAACCUACCAGCCAAUUGUUCCCCACAACACAGCCCAUGCAAAUCAACAUUGCCUCUCCUCCUGCUACACCUCUGGCUAUGGAUAUGCUUUCCACCUACCAAUACCACAGUGUUGCUCCGCCAAUGUCCGCCCCUGCCCAUUAUACUUCGUUUCCUGAUUAUGUCACCUGCGAAGGAGCCCCUUUGACGGGCAGGAGUUGGACAGGUGCCAACUCGAUGCCUUCACCAGAGGCAGCCUUUCAGAGCCGUGUCCCAAUCACCCAGGCGGAUGUUUCAUCUCUGUCGUAUGGACAAGCUGCGGAUAGCCUCUCCGCUGCUGGGUCACCGCCCUUACUGUAUACCACGGAUGCCGAUAUGCAUCCAUCGGCAGGGUCAUUUCAUGGUGACGCGAAGCCGACGGAGUUCUAUAUCCACGAAUUCCCCGAGCAGCAAGAAGCCCAUCGGUUUGUUGCGCAACAACUGCCGCAGAAACCCAAGGCAUAUACAUUCAACAAUCAAACGCCGAGCGAUUGGGGUGCAAAUUAG